AUGCCCGUGACCACCAGGUCCGUCAACAACCCCUCCCAACCGGCCGUGUAUUAUGGUCCCGUCAUCAGUGGUCGCGUUGAGAAGCCCAAGAGCAGCCCCAUGGUGGCUCGCAAGAGCACACCCAAGAAAAUCACCAUCAAGAAAACCACCAAGACCAAGGCCAAGGGGGACCCGUCAGCUGAAGACAGCGAGGCCGAGACCCAGCUCAUGAGGCAAAUCAGUCUCGGCGAGAUCAUCUUCUCCAACCGCUUCGAGCCUCCCUGGGAGGAGCCCAAACCAACGACCCUUCUCGGCCUGCCCAGCCACCUCCGGGACAAGAUCAUCAACCUCGUCUUCCCCGUCCUCAAGCAGGGUCAAAAGGAGGAGACCGGACAGGGAGACCUGGACGAUGCGGCGGCGGAGAAGUUCCAGGGACAGUUCCUCGAGUGCAACUACGUCCACCCGGUCCUGUGGACCUGUCGCCAGCUGCGCUACGAGUAUGGCAAGCUCUUCUUGACGAACAACCACUUCAUCUGGGACGUCCCCCCCAACUGGAACCCAAGCGGCAUCACCCGCUUCGCGCAGCACGCAGCCUCGGUGGGCGCCCCGGACUUCCCGCUCCUCAUGGACAUGCACAACCGCGCCGACGGGCCGGCCUACAAGCAGUACCCCCGCGCGCCGCUCGACGGGCCGGCGUGCCGCGCGCACCUCGGCCGCUGGGUCAAGAUGGUCUACUACGGCGUCGAGACGAGGGUGCUGGCCAACGACCACCCGCUCGAGAGGGACGACGGCCUGAUUGCGCACUGCCUCCGCCAGGCGAAGCAGUACCGGGAGCACGGCAAGAGCUGGGUCCAGCUCCGGGACAGCCUGGAGGAGGCGUGGGCGGCGUUUCUGGAGCGGCGGUCCCUGGCUGAGGUGAGCCUGGGCAGGGGCGUCGCCACCAUCACGGCCCUGUACAAGGCGAGCAACGAGAGGCUGGAGAGGGCCCGGGCUUCGUCUCUGGGCGGGGGACCGGCCUCUUGA